AAACAUCCAAACAUUCCAAUAAAAAAAGGAACCAGGUCCUGAGCUGCUCAAACAUGUAACUAACUUUAAAUUUAAAUUUGUUUUAUAAAAGAAACAUACGCCAUUAACUUACUUUAUAGCAUUUUGCAAAUUACACACCAAUUUGGUCGACACGGUCACAUUUCUUUCUCGUAGCACCCAAACCCACCAUCUGCCGAGACGCAGUUCUUUUCCUGCGCCGCAAACUCAGAUUGAAGCAUAGGCAGUAUCUAAACAGUCACGCGCUUACCGACAUCUUUCACCACAAAAGAAAGGAGGAGAAUUUUGAUAUCUUCAUAUUCUGCAAAAGCCUCCUCACACUAACAAAAAUGAACAAGUUUGUGAUUGCCCUUUCCAUUAUUGUUGCUUCAAUGCUGUACGCACAGACAAGGGCGGCCGUCGCGUGCUCUACUAACGCGGACUGUCCCGGUGGCUGUUGCGCCUACACCAGGACUGGGCACGUCUGCAAAAGCCUGGGGAAGAAGGGGGACGUAUGUGAUCUGGAGGGGAAAGGUCUGGCCAAAGACGUGUGUGUAUGCGAGACAGGCAUGACCUGUGUGAAGAUCGACCUGUCCGUCUUGGGCGACAAAGCGGGGCAAAUAAACGUCAUCUUUGAGCGGCAUCACUACGGGCUCUGUGACACUAAUCCAAUCGGCUGAUUUGCUUGCCAUAACACAGGAGAAUAAUGUCGUUUCAUUCUUGCAAGUGCUGUGCUUUUGAACCUUUUUUCGAUGUCAUUCCCUGAAGUUUUUAUAAAUACGAUUAAACUGACCAUUGACUUGGGGUUUUGUAACUAACCA